GAAGCAAGGGGAAGCCUGGGCAGGGAUCCACGCCGCCAUGACGGGUAAAGGAGAGGCGGCGGCGCAGCACAGGGAGGCCGAGGAGGACGGAGAGAUGGUGGGCGUGGUGAAGCUGAUCAGCGCCGAGGGUUUCGAGUUCGUCAUCGACAAGAAGGCCGCCAUGGUCUCCAACACGCUCAGGAACAUGCUCACCUCACCCGGUGGCUUCGCCGAGUCGCGCGAUAACGAGGUCAGGUUCCCGGAGAUCAGCACCGCCAUCCUCGAGAAGAUCUGCCAGUACUUCUACUGGUCUCUCCACUACGCCAGUGGGAAGGAGACGGCGGAGUUCCCGAUUGAGCCGGAAAUAACCCUGGAGCUGAUGAUGGCAGCAAACUAUCUCGACACUUGAGCCUGUAAAAUGUCUUGUGAACAUAUGAUGAAUCCGUCAUCCAUUUGUUACUAGAAAAUGUUGUGUUGUAUGUAUUUUAA